AUGGCAGCGACGCAACGACAAAAAGACAUAACCACCUACGAAGAGAAAGACGCUGUACUAGAAACUUUAAAAACUGGAUUUAUUUUUACGACGAUAGGCCUAUUUUUCUCGGCGGUGCAAAAUACCCUAGACACGCAUAACCAUGGAGCUCUUGGCGUUUUUACGAGAACGGGGUCAACGAUAACUUCUUUCGCGGCAAUCGGCAGUAUUUUCGCAGCAACAGAAUCAUUGAGUGCGAAUAUACGAAAAACGGAUGAUUGGAGAAACUCGGCUCUUGCUGGAUGUGCUGCUGGAAUGUACCCUGGAUUGAGAGCACAUUCUUAUCCGUUAUUGAUUGGUGGAUGUGCUGGUCUGGGGAUUGUAUUGGGAGUAUUUGAGUAUUCGGGACGAUGGGAGGGGAAGUUGGCUGGAAAAACAAUGGAAGAACAAAAAGCCUGGCGAGAAGGCUUCAUCAGAAAACCUGGCAUUCGUACUUUUAAUUCUCAGUCUCCAACUUCUGAUGCUUCAAAUCAAUGA